AUGGAUUUGCGUGAGAAAAGGAGUGAGAGUCCGGCUGGACAGGUAAGAAAUGUAGUGAAAAGCUGCAUUGAGGAGAAGACCAACAAGGAUUGGAUCAAGGAUUCAGGUGAAAGAAAAACAGAUACAGAAAAUAAGAAACGAUGCAUAAAUGCACAGACGAGUCAAGAUAGGAGAAGACGUGUCAAGAAACAGACAGAAAACAAAGAGAAGACCAUUAAAAGGAGAAGAAAUGAAGAAGAAGGACAGAUUGAAAAAGAAAGCCAGGCAAAGAAGACCAGUAAAGAUGGGAGGAUUGAAAGGAGAAGAUUUGAAGAAGGACAGAUAGUAAAGGAAAAAAAGGGAGAGAAGACCAGCAAAGAUAAGAAAAUUAAAAGGAGAGGAAUUGAAGAAGGACAGACAGAAAAGGAAAGCCAAGCUGAGAAGAAGACCAGUAAGGAUGCAAGGAUUAAAAGGAGAAGAGUUGAAGAAGGACCGUUACAAAUGGAAAGCCAUGCAGACAAGAAGACCAGUGAGCAUGAGAGCUAUAAAAAUAUACAGAUUGAUAAAGAGAAUAAAAAAACCACAGAAGAAAACAGUAAAGGAACAAAUAUAGAACAAAAAGAAGAGAAGAAUAAAAGAUUAAGAUCAGAAGACCCCUUAGAAAGUGGAAGCAUACAGAAGAGACCCUGUCUGGACAUUGAAAGACCUGCUCCCCUGGAUGUCAAUAACUACAGCUUCCACUCUAUAGUUGGACGAGGAGGCUUUGGCUGGGUGAUGUUGGCUUCUUUUAGGCCCAAGAAACAACUCGUGGCAAUAAAGAUCUUGACGAAGGAGUCUGAGAAGAACGACUGCCAUGCCAUCGCUAAAGAGGCCCGUCUACUGAAGAUCAGCAGAGAAUGUGCAUUUUUAUGCCAGUCUUAUGCAGUUUUUCAGUCAGAGCUGGAAGCCUUCUUUGUCCUGGAAUAUGCCAGUGGGAAGUCUUUAUGGAAAAUGAUUUCGCGUGAAGGAAAGCUACCAACAUCAAGAAUAAGGUUCUACACAGCAGAGAUGGUGGUUGCCCUCCAGUUCCUGCAUUCCAAGGGAAUCAUUCAUCGUGAUCUCAAGCCGGGCAACAUAUUGAUUGAUAAAGACGGCCAUAUAAAGAUCUGUGACUUUGGUAUGGCGGAAGAGAAUAUCAUUGGCCAGAGGAAGACCUACGGCUUAGCAGGAACCCCUGGAUACCGGGCACCAGAGAUUCUAUCAUUUGAGGACUACAAUGCAGGCGUGGAUUGGUGGUCUUUUGGGGUUACAAUGUACAAAAUGGCCACAGGAGUCUUGCCGUUUUCAGCAGCAGGCAGCAUUCAAAAACAACGUUUGGUAAUUAUUAUGAAACCACCAACUUACCCAUGUGAUAUGAAUGAGGAAAUGCUGGACCUCCUGCCUAAGCUUUUGGAAAUUAAUGAGACUCAACGGAUUGGACUGAAUGGUAACAUCAGGGAGCAUGCUUUCUACAGCACCAUCAACUGGGAAGAUCUGGAGAACCGAAGACUGGAGACCCCUUUUCAGCCAGGAAUGCCAUCUGUAGACGACUUUGAAGAAUUUCCGAUAACGUUCUCCCGCCAAAGCUCCAGUGAAAAAGAAAAUCUGAAAGAUUUCUCAGAAGUGGAUCCCAACUGGAAUUGGCAGGAGUAAGGCAUUACCUUUGUUCUAACAUGGGACACCAUCUUUAGUUGCUGCCUGUAACAACCUGAGAAUAUUAACAUCAUACCAUAUUUGGCAAGCUCCACCCCUAAACAACCAAUCCACCUGUAUUGUCAAACCUAAACCAUUCCCUGUGACUGUCACCUGGUUCUACCAUCAACACCAGCACCAGACGGGAUCUUUCACUGUAGCUUCUAAAGGAUGGAAAUAGAAAGGUACUGUGGUGAGUUUACAUCUUGAAUGAAGAGUACUUAAUAAAACCAGUUUACCCCCACCCCCAAACUUCUGCCUCCCUCCUAUUCCCUUACCCAUGAUUAACCCUCAUCCCAAGUGGCUCACGCCAGUGGCAUAAUAAUAAAGGAAGUAGACCCCAUGGCCGCGGGGGGCCCGGUCUACUUCCUUUAUACUGUCUCUCUCCUACUCCCUUAUCCUAUCCCUGAUUUCCCUCAUCCUGAUCAGUA